CGAACCCUUGGGCGGGCGGGCGGGCGUGCGUGCGUAGAUAGAGUAAGUAAGUAAGUAAGCAUCCCGCGCUCACCUCUUACCUCCACCGAUCAAUGCACCCGUCCCCCCUUACGCUCCACGAUGAGCAGCCGCGCCGCCUACGACGACCUCGCGCGGACCCUGGACCGGCUUGAGAUCGUGAACUGCGACAAGAAGCCGUUCAUUCCUGCGGACGGCUUCGACGGCGCCGUGACGCGGUCGUUCCUAUCCACGGUCGUUUCCGACCUCCUCCCCUUCUCCGACGGCGGUGCCAGUGCACACGUCCACCUCCAGCAGCUGUACGAGUCGUACCGCAAGGUCAUCGCCAUCCUCGUCAUGAUGCGGUAUGAGCAAAGCUUCGUCCGCUUCUGGGAGACCAACACGUGUGAUCGCGACCUGCCGCUGGAUCAGGAGCGGCUCGCGGAGAUUGAUGGGGACCUCUGGUGGCCCAAGUGGAAUGGCCUGCAGUAUAAGUUCCUCGCGAGGAUGUACUGUGAGGAGACAGAGUCGCAGCAGUGGUCGGACGAUUAUGUCCUCCCCAUCCUCGAGAAGGUCUAUAGGUCCAGAGGAGCGUUCUCGGAGGUCUACAAGAUCCACAUUCAUCCGCACUAUGACCGACUGAAUUUUCGGGGACAUCAUGAGCCACACUGGUACGCGCUGAAGCAACUCAAGACCUCAGCGGACGCCAAAGUCAACGAGCGCAAACUGCGAGAAUGGCAAGACGAAGUUGCGGCAAACGCGCUGGUGCGCAAGCAGCAACACAACAACUACGCAUACAGCAGCAUCCUGCCGCUGCUGCACUCGCACACGUAUGGCAAGCAGUGCAAUCUCGUCUUUCCACUCGCAAACUACAACCUGCGCGAGUUCUAUGCGAAGGAGCCAAUGCCCCCCUCCAGUCUCCACCGCUUCAGGUUUGUAGAACAGAUCUCGAGGCUCGUACCAGCGCUCGGAUUGAUACAUCAGGGAGAGAUUGAUUCUACCUGCCAGUGGCAGUGGAUCGGCCUGCAUCGCGAUUUGAAACCAGAUAACAUCCUCGUAGUGUGCGGCAUGACGCCGCGCUUCAUGAUCUCUGACCUUGGGCUCAUGAAGUUCCGCAAGGUGAAGUCGGGGUCGCGCGAGUACUCCGGCGAGGAGUGGAAGCUCGGUGUGUCCGCGUACAAGGCGCCGGAGUGCGACGUCAAGGGCAAGCGCGUGGGGCGCGGCGCCGACAUCUGGAGCUUGGGGUGCAUACUCGCCGAGGCGAUCACGUGGUGCGUCUGCGGCCUCCAGGGCAUCCGCGAGUUCCAGCGCCGAAGGUCGACCGAGGACUCGUACGGCGACUCGUCGGACGUGUUUUUUUGCAAGAGCGGCUCGCCGGGCGCGAAGGAGGUGCCGCGCUUGAAGACCGAGGUGCUGGAUUGGUUCGCAGAGGUGAAGAAGGCCGCUGGCGAAGAGGACCGGUUGGUCGCUGAGACGCUGGCGCUGGUCGAGCUGAUGCUGAAGGAGAACGACCGGGGCGCGAAGGGCCGCCCCAGCGCGGAAAAGAUCGAUUGCGCGUUCUACACGAUCCUGAAGCAGGAGGCUUCGAAGCAGGCGUGGCCACUGUCGAUUUCGGAGCCGGCGUACUACUUCAAGAAUCUCGACCGGCGCACGCACGCGCUGCCACGCGACAUCCUGCCGUUCUCGUACUCGCGCUCCACCAGCUUGAUGACGCCGACGACCCCCGGGCCCAUGCCGUUCAGUCCGAAUUUUCCGAGUUUUCCGAGGUCGGGCGGCCUGGCGAGCCCCGCUGGUGGUGCUGGUGCCGGGAAGCGCAGGAGAAGCGAGGACGACUCGUUCGUGCCGCCGUCGCUGCCGAAUUCCUCGACUGGCAGCACGGUACGGCCCGUCAAGCGCAAGCGCGAGGUUUCCGCAUUCGCACAUCUGAAACGGCUGGAUACGAUGUUCCUAAUCGACGACUUCGUCUCGGAGACUCCCUGGACCCGAAUCCGCACAACCCUUCAAAAGCUCUCCUCGAUCGCGACGCAAUGGGACCAAGACGGCGUAGACAUUGCGUUCAUCAACAGUUCGUCCUACGCCUCGUGCCUAUCCACGCCGUCGGACGUGCUCUCAGCGCUCGACAAGACUGGGUACACAGCGACAAGCACGAGCACGCUCUCGUUCCGCCUGGACAUGCUCCUCUCGUCGUACAUCAACCUGUACAAGCGCGAUGAGUUCACGAAGCCGCUCAACAUGAUCAUCAUCACCAGCGGCGACUUCCUGGCGCACGACGAGUUUGAGAAGGUUGUCAUGACGUGGGCGAAACAGCUCGACGAGAUCUAUGCGCCCAAAAGUCAGCUAAGCCUGCAGUUCGUCCUCGUCGGCUGCAAGGGCGAGAAUAGGAGGAGAUUCGAGGACCUCGAUGAUGAGCUGUAUAAGGAGUAUGGCGUUAGAGAUAUGGUCGACGCCACCUGCUACGACCCAAACGAGCCGGAUAGUCAGGAGGUCUUUGAGAAGAUCUUGUGUGGAGGCAUGAUUGCCACGUACAAUCGUGUGCAGGACGAGACUUCGGAUCUGUCCAUGAUGGCGGUGGACCUGUGAACAGUAGUGACAGUGGUGACAAUAGUAGGGAUGUUGGGUGUAAUGGAGUAUUUCACGGAUGUGAAUGAUGUGUGACUAUGAUCUUAUAUGUCGAAGUAUAAUACCAUACAAACCCCAUUUCUUGGCUGGAUGAGGCUGGAUGAGGCAGGAUUUUGCGGAGAGAGUGAGGGA